CGCAUUGCAGUUGUUGGGGUUGAAUGCGCUGCUUUCCUGUCGUUGCCGUGUGUGAGGUGUGGAGUCCUGUAGGUAUCCAUUUUCUGUGGCGGAGAUUUCUUCCAUCUCCAGUUAUUUUAGUCUCUGUCCUCUUGGUGGUUUAGGAUCUUGGUUCCAUUCUCCAGAUCAACAUUUCUGUUAGGGGUGCCUUGGAUUAAUCCUGGUCAUCCAACCGAAACAAAUGUGCAACUAGAAGUUUACGUGACUAUUUUGCACGUGCGUAGAUAGUCGCCGUGUUGGUGCUUGGAUAUCACUGUCUUGGUGCUUUCUUGAUCUUGGCGGAGGAGCUUGACUCUGAUGGCGGACUCUGGAAAGUUAUCUGCCCCUUCCUCUCCGAAGAAGGAAUCUGGUUGUGCAACCAACCAAUUGUCAGAUCCAGCAAAACAACCUGGUAAAGCUGUGAAGGAUCAAUGUCCAACAAGCAGUGCAUCUCCAUCUGCCGAGGCCACGUCCCCAAGCGCUAAGCCUGUAGUUAGAGAACCUGCUCCAGCUCCGACUAAAAACCCUUGGCAUAAAAGUUCUACAGAAAAACCUAUCGCCAGUUCCAAGCCCAAGGAUGGAACGGAAACUUCGCCAGGAGGUGGGUCUGGUGAUGCUACUAGAAAGCAACUUGCAGCUCCCGUGACCACUGCGACCGUCUCUGCGGCUGCCUCUACUAGCACAAUCUCUCCGAUUGCAAAACCAUCAAAUACCACCACUACAGCAAGCGUAGCAACUUCCUCGGGUGUGACAAUGGUAACAUCUACUAGCUCAGCUCCCCAUUCUACCCGAGCGAACACUGCUGCUAGAGGACCAGCCACGACAAAUGCCGCGAAAGGCAAAGGGCGAAACCCACCUCGCUCAAAGACUGAUUUCUCUGAUGCGUCGAGUUGGCCUACGCCUGGAGAAGUUCGACCCAGUCAAGCUUCAAAUGAUGUUGUCACUACCACUGUCCCUUCUCGUAAAGACAGACAACCGCAGCCGUGUGCAUCUACAGGAAAACCACCUGUGAGUGGCCCAACUGCAACCACUGCAGUCAGCUCUGCGGUUCAAAAGCAACAGCAAGUCAAGGAUGUAUCUUCCCCUGCUGCUACCACAGUAACCUCGCCUACGAAAGGGUCUGCAGAUCGAUCUCAGCCUUCUGCUCCACAACCAACUUCAGUCCGGCAAAGCAGUAGUAAACCGCUGCCUUCGUCAGGUGGAAUGGUGGAAAAUGCCACAUCUGAUCGUGACUGGCGUGCUAAGCUAGACAAAAAUCGAAAGAAAAAUCGCAAGUGGGUACCCCUUCCACUAGAGACCCCAUCUGGCCACAAUGCAGCAACGACACAAGCAUCUGGUGGUACACACUCUGGCCAAUGGACAGGCGGUGCUGGUGGGCAGAGCAAUCAGGGUAAUUGGCCGAAUAGUCGCUCAGGUAUGCGUAGUGGGCGAGGUGGUGGCAGUAGUGGUCGCAGCGGAGGCCCUCCUCGUGGCCGCAAGCCGCACCCUCAGCCGUCGUAUGCUGGCAAGAAUCAACACCCUGCUGCCACUAGUGGUGGUGCUGUUAUUGCUUCUGCUGCUAAUACUGGUGUUUCUGCCACUAAUGCUACUGUAACAACAGCUGUGCCUGCUACCAGUACAGCUGCAGUGAAUGGGCAUUCUGCUCCAGCCAAUAACAACCAGCCAAUCUCACCUGAUUCACAUACAAGCCCAAACCAAACAACGGCACAUGCACCAGUGCCCUCUUCUGAAGCUGGCAUAUUUGCUGGUCAGCCGGCUGCUGUUGAACAGCAUGCACCCUUCAUGUAUCCUUCUGCCGUGUUUCCUCCGAAUUCGUUCUUCAAUGGCUCCGGUCAACUUGCUGCAGCUGCUGGCUUUACCCAUCAACAUCCGACUCCAUUUGGAUCUUUCUAUUAUCCACCUCCCCCUGCUGCGGCUGCUUCAGCUGCCUAUAUGCCAAUCAAUGAGAGUAUGAUUAAGGAGUCUAUUCGUAAACAGAUUGAGUAUUACUUCAGUGAUAACAACCUUGCUGGGGACUACUUCCUUCGAACCCAGAUGGACUCUGAAGGUUUCAUUCCCAUUUCUACCAUCGCUGGCUUCCAUCGGAUAUCUGCAAUCACCCAGGAUGUGUCUCUUAUUCUUGAUGCCAUGCGUAAAAGUUCUGAUGUAGAGAUUGUUGAGGACAAGAUGCGGAAGCGGGUUGGCUGGCAUAUUUUUGUAAUAACCCAGCCUAGUGUGCAAGUGCGUGACGUAGCAACAACUGGUACUAACUUGAAUGACCGCGAGACAAGCACCAGUGGUGGAUCAGAGACUACUGUUUCACAGACAACUGGCUCUCCAUCGAGGCGAGGUGACAUGACACCUGACGGUCAGCAUACCGGCGGAUCAUCUGAAGCUGCUGAGGACAGUAACUGGCAGGAAGUCAGUCGCAGAAAGAGAACAACAUCCAUUUCUAAAUCCAAAGAAAAGCCAUUGUCACCAGCCGCUUCUGGAAAGGAAGUUGGAGAAGACCUCGAGUUCGCAUUUGAGGAUGAACUUGAUGCUGGUGGUCGAAAGAAUACUUUUUCUGCUGAUGUUGGCGAAUGGUCAGAAUCUGAGUCUGGUGACGAUGAGAUAGCGGACGAAGAUGUGACCAAAUUGUUGAUCGUUACACAAACUCCACCCCACGCACGCCUUUCUAAGCACCCUGGUGGUGACCGUACUGGUAGCUUUCAAUCGCGUGCUAAAAUGUCUUCGCAGUUAGCUGAAGUUAUCAACGACGGUCUGUUACAUUAUGAAGCAGAUAUCACGGGACUUCAUUCUUAUGACAGUGAUCGCAAGACGGAUAGUGAAUCAUAUAACAAAGUUGAAGUAUUGUCACCGGAAAGGUUUGCAGAGAUGCAGUCGGCCUACAGCAGUGAUUCAUCUUCAGGUGGUUACAGUCAAUCAUCUACUGUUAGCAAGCCUCGAGCCAUGCCAAAACGCAACAAUGCUGAUCAGAACCACCGUGUACCUUUGAAGCGCAUGUCUUCGUCGACUGGUGGAGCUGAGCCUCGCUUUUACCCUGUGCCCAACAAACCAGAACACUCUACGGAGAAGGCUACGCCCAAGAAAUACAAGUCCAAGUACGGAAACAACCCUCCAGUUGAGAGCCACGUCGGUUGGCUGAUGAGUCCUCGUGGAGUUCCAGUUCGUGACCGAGUAGACUCCGAGAGCCGGAGUGGAACCAGUCCUAGUGUAUCAUCAUUUGAUGAACAUCGAUCUGGCUUCACCGGAACACCGCGUUCUUUCCCGAACUUUGAACACCCCUCACACAAGCUGCUGAAGGAGAAGGGUUUCACCCAACAAGCAUACUCCAAGUACUACAUGCGCUGUCUCAAAGACCGCAAGAAGUCUGGUGUUGGACAGAGUCAGGAGAUGAACACAUUGUACCGCUUCUGGUCAUUUUUCCUCCGUCAGCAUUUCAACAGGAAAAUGUAUGAAGAGUUCAAGUCGUUGGCCCGGGAAGAUGCUACUGAGAACUAUCGGUAUGGUCUAGAAUGCCUGUUCCGCUUCUAUAGUUACGGUCUGGAGAAGAAAUUCCGUCCCGAUGUUUACAGUGACUUCCAACAGGAAACCUUGCGGGAUUGCGGAUGUGGUCAACUCUAUGGUUUGGAGAAGUUCUGGGCUUUUCACAAGUACUAUAAGGGCAAAACUGCACUGGUCGUUGUGCCAGAACUUGAGGAGCGCCUUUCCAAGUUCAAACGGCUGGAGGAUUUCCGUGAAUAUGUGAACAGUGCUCCUAGCAGCACAGGUGACUCCAGUAGUUAUGCAUCUGCAGCUGCCUCCGCACACGCUUGUGCAGCAGCCACUGCAAGCGGCUGACCUGUGAAUGCCCGCUGUCUUUCGACCAGGCGUUUACAGAAUGAGAACUUUCAAGUUCAUCCAACCCAUCUUUCGUAGGUAGCUAUUUUGGACAUUACAAGCACAUUACUUUGCUUUAGUCAAUUGUUGUCAGGUUUUUGUUCUCGAGUCCGUGUGUAUCUAACUCGGUAACCUAGGUUAUUUGUAUUGAUAUGGUUCUAAUUUGCCAUUGCCACACGACUUUCUUCGAUGAUCGUCCAUGAUCAACAAAUUGGAGUAGCCAUGUUUUGAUUUUCCAGGAUUACUGUCUCCGUCUUGAAACCAUGUGCAUUGGCUUCAUCCUUUCCAUAUCUCGCUUCACUCUCUUUCUCCCCCUCUCUUUCUCUCCCUCCGUGUGUGGAGUAUAAUUCUCCCACACAUGCUACACAGCCAUUAGCUAUGCUAUCAUGUCUCGACUGCACACUUGCAUGAUGUAGCAUGGCUUGCACCCAGGUUGCUUGAUAAUGCACGCUGUGUACCUGCUACACACACACACAUUCUGCUUAGUAUUAUGAUUUGCAUUUUUUGUACCCAUAACGAUUGUAUUGCUAGGAUACCCCUUGCCUCUUCCACUUCGGUACUGAUCGCUGCCAAUUGCUCAUUUAUUCAGCUAACUGUUAAUUGUUCUAUGGCCGUACUCGUGGUCUACCUAGCGGCUUGUUCUUCUAGGAUAUUAUCAAUGGCAGCAAAGCUCCCGUUACGAAUUUCAAUGCUCACUGAAAAGUCACAGUAUAGGCUCCAGUGUGGUCCAACUUUCAUAAUACUCUUCAUGCAGAAGAUCCUUUUAGUAAUCACCUGUACCCUUGUUUUGUCUUGCUUUAUCUACAUGUAUAUCACGCUAUUAUGCAUUUCUUGCUUUGCCCAUCUUUGUCAGUUGCUCACGGCUGGUUUGUCCCAUAUUAAAAUUUUGUACAUGAAGCGACUGCGUCAUAUUAUGCCGUGCUCCUGUCUCUUUGUAAGAAGUUUUUUUGCGCUGGCCGAUCAUUUUUGCCACCUUGCUUGAUUUCCUCAACUUCGCCCUUUGUCCUAACGCCAGCAAUGAAAAAAGUAGCAAAAGACAAAUACUAUUUCCCAUGGUGCAUGCUUCUACCCACUUACUGUAACCCAUGUCACGACAUUACUAUUGUGUACGAUACCACAAUAGAGCUGAUUUGCUUUCUCCUCUUCUUUCUCUUUACUUUCUUCUCCAUCAGAUCUAUUGUUCGUCAUACUGUGAAGAAGAAAAUUCCAUGCUGUGUAGGCACUUCUGUGUCUUUAGUGCA